GACUCCGCGCCCGCCAUGGCCGACAAAAUGGACAUGUCUCUGGACGACAUCAUCAAGCUGAACCGGAGCCAGCGAGGCGGCCGCGGCGGAGGUCGGGGCCGCGGCCGGGCCGGCUCCCAGGGCGGCCGCGGUGGCGGGGCGCAGGCCGCCGCGCGAGUGAGCCGGGGCGGCGGGCCCAUCCGGAACCGACCGGCCCUCGCCCGCGGCGCGGCGGGCGGCGGCGGCAGGAACCGGCCGGCGCCCUACAGCAGGCCGAAACAACUUCCCGACAAGUGGCAGCACGAUCUCUUCGACAGCGGCUUCGGGGGCGGCGCCGGCGUGGAGACGGGUGGGAAACUGCUGGUGUCCAACCUGGAUUUCGGAGUGUCGGACGCGGAUAUUCAGGAACUCUUUGCUGAAUUCGGAACUCUGAAGAAGGCAGCUGUACACUAUGACCGCUCCGGGCGCAGUUUAGGAACAGCCGAUGUGCACUUUGAACGGAAGGCAGAUGCCCUAAAAGCUAUGAAACAGUACAACGGCGUCCCUCUGGAUGGCCGCCCCAUGAACAUUCAGCUUGUCACGUCACAGAUUGACACACAGCGGAGACCCGCGCAGAGCGUAAACAGAGGUGGGAUGACUAGAAACCGUGGCUCUGGAGGUUUCGGUGGUGGCGGCGGCACCAGGAGAGGCACUCGUGGAGGGAGCCGGGGCAGAGGUCGAGGCACUGGCAGGAGUUCGAAGCAGCAGCUUUCUGCAGAGGAGUUGGAUGCCCAGCUGGAUGCUUAUAACGCAAGAAUGGACACCAGCUAAAGAGACCAGCAGAUCCUCAAGUGGAGCAGGACCCAGAUGUCUCCUCCGUGCUCCCUGGCGGGAGGGGGCGGUGGACUGGGGGCUGUGCAGCCAAUGAUGGAUUUGUUUCUUUUAUGUUUUAAGAUAGGAUUUAAAAACUCAUGUAAAGGUUUUUUUUUUUUUUCUCUCCUUUUUUUCUUUUUUUUUUUUAAUUCUGAAGCAGCCCUGUUUUGUACCGAGUUAUUUUUGGGAUAAAUGUUACCGGUUGCCGUUGUGGGGAAGGUGGCGUUUUCACCUUUGCCAUAAUAAAAGAGACAUGUGUGGAACUAGA